ACAACAUUUCCCAAUUUGCAGAGAGCAGCAGCCUGUGCUGGACAAGCACAGCCCAGGUUGAGCAGGCUCUCAUACAGGCUCUCCAGCAAACCACUGCUCAUCCAGUUCCUGUCCAAUUCCCAAACCCAUCUUUUCCCUGUAAGGCCAUCUUCACAAGCUAUCCCAGUGGAUUAUAUCUCUGUUCCAAAACUUCAGUUAUGUCCAGGAAAAAUUAAUGGGAAAACCCAACUUUUAGGUCAGCAUGCGCAAUAGCAAAUGGAAAGUGCAGUGUGUGAGCUGACAGCUCCCUGUGCCCUUAGGGAUAGCGAUGCAGUAGCCAGACUUCAUUCUCUAAACAGACUGCAGCAAGCCAACCAGGACUCAAAGCAGCUGGAACCAAUGAUGAGGGGCCUGUCAGGCUUCCUGCUGUGCUCCUUGCUGCUGCUGGUCCCCCACCCCACAGGGGUGGCUGCCCAGGACACCCAGCCUGACCCGAAAAUGCCAUGUGCCAACUGGAUGGGAGGAGCACCCGGCUACCCUGGCCACAACGGCGUCCCUGGCCGGGAUGGCAAAGAUGGAAGAGAUGGACUAAAGGGAGAUAAAGGAGAUGAAGGUCCGGCGGGUCCCAAAGGUGAACCAGGCCCAGUAGGAAGCCGAGGCUUUCCCGGACCUCCCGGACCUCCUGGAAUUCCCGGAAUCCCAGGGCAGAAGGGCAGAGAUGCUUUUGUGCACCACUCUGCCUUCAGCGUGGGGCUGACGGAGCGAAGCCCUGCCCCCAACGUCCCCAUCCGCUUCAGCAAGAUCUUCUACAACGAGCAGGGCCACUACGACCCCAGCACGGGCAAGUUCCUCUGCAGUGUCCCUGGCACCUAUUACUUCGCCUACCACCUCACAGUGUACCUGUCAGACGUCAAGGUCAGCCUCUACAGGAAGGACAAGGCCGUGAUCUUCACCUACGACCAGUUCCAGAACAACAACGUCGACCAAGCCAGCGGCUCCGUGCUGCUGCACCUCAGCUCCGGGGACGAGGUCUGGCUCCAGGUGUAUGGCAACGGGGACAAAAAUGGGGUCUAUGCCGACAACCUCAAUGAUUCCACUUUCAUGGGCUUCCUCCUGUACCCUGACCCAGAAAACUACUAAAGUAGGGGGUGCUGGAUGGGAAAGGAGGAGAUGGCUUAACCCCAGCAUGUCCUGGGGCACUGGCGCUGUAGCUAUCAUAUAUUUACCAGAAAUUGCCUUUGCAAGGGCAACCACGGCCGAGGGGGGACCCUUUCUCCUGUGAAAUCAGUGAGAUCACACCAGUACUUCCAUGGAACCAAGAAUUCACUCCUACCUCUGCUCUUGCUUUCCUGUGGAAGCCUCAGCCCAAAGUCAAAUAUCACUCCUGCCAUGGCAUGAAAAACUCUCACCAUGGUUUAACCUUCCUUUAAAUUUAGAAGUGAGAAGAGAACAAUUGGUUGCAUUUCUAAAUUGCCCUUUUUUAGACACCUAAAUCCAUUUAAACCAAUUGUAGAAAUUUUUUCAGCAUUUUA